AUGUUUGCGUCAAUGUUUAAAUUGUUUUUUAAUGAAUGUGAGAAGAAAACAAAGAUUGCAACGCAUGCAAUAGAAUUUGAAAUAGCUGAAAAUACUCGAAAAUAUGUCAAAGAACUACUUACUGAAAUCAAAAAAGUAAACAAAAAUGCAGAUAAUGGUGAUAGUUGUUCAGUGUCAAAAAAUAACAUUAAUGAUGCUAUUCAGAUACUGCAAGAUAUUCUGCAUAAUUUCAUAUCUUCGAAGAGUCAUUUAUAUGCUUUUCCAAAAUAUUCAAAUAAAGGUGCUUCAGUUGAACAUUUUGACUACACAAAAUGUGCAAUAAACUCAUUUGGAAAAAACCGACUAGUAUCUGCUUUAGUCAAGGACCCCAAUACCAAAAGAAUUGUAAACCAAAUAAAUAAUAUUCAGUGUUUAUUUACGUGGAACAUAAAACCAAACAAUAAGAAAAAUGUAAUUUUAUCGAUAUGGAAUAAAUAUGGAGAAUACAACUUAAAUAUAUCUUCAUCUGAAUUCACAUUAGAAAGGUUUAUAGGUAAUUUAAUUAUUUCCUAUGAAUUUUUUCAUAAGGGUGAAUACGAAAUAGCUCAAAUAAAAAUAUUAGAAAUAGGAAAAUGGCUUGAAGAAUUAGAUAAAGGUACUGAUGAGUUUUAUUUAUCUAUUAAUGCUGGUCUUCGACAUAUUAUGGAGGCGACAUUCAUUCAUAUGUUAUUUGCUACAAAUCUUACAGAAGAAUGUAAAUGGUUAUUGGAAGAUAUUUCAUCAUUUGCAAAUAUGGAUUCUAAAUUAAGAGCUUCUGUACAUGCAAUACGUGCAGCUGUAUUAAUUGAAUACGGUGAAAAUCUUGUCGAUUUGUCAAAAGCUUGUGAUAUGGCAAAGAAAGCAUGUGAUUUAGAUCCUAAUACUUCUCAUUGGUAUUAUAUUCAUUCACUUGCAUUGACAGCUCAAAGACAAUUAUCGUCGACACAUAAAUUGAUACCAGCUGAUGAUGAAAUAAAUGCAAUUCAUCAAGCAAUUAUGUUGUCUAAUGGAAAAAAUCCUCUUUUCAAUUACCAUAGGUUGGUUAUGGAUGAUAUAUCUAUAAAUAAAGAAAACCAAAAAUUUGCAGAUAUGAUCAAAACCAUUAUGAACAUUGGACCAAAGGACCCUCAUUUGGUAGUUAAAUGUGCUAAAUCAUUGAUGACUCUUCCACCUAUGUAUAAAGAUUUUAAUUUGGGAGUACAAUAUUUGAAAAAAGCUUUUCAAAUGUCACAAAAUGAUGGGACUGUUUUAAAGGCUAUUGGAAAAGCAAUUGAAUCAUAUUUUUUUGACGAAAUUUGUAAAAAAAUGAAUCCCAAAGCAACAGAAGUAUUACAACUAGAAACUGAAUUAGGACUCAUUGUGAAAAAAUAUAAGAAUGGUGAAGAUCCUAUUCCUUACCUAACUGAUUUGGUUCCUAAAUAUAAUGGACUCAAUCAAUUAAAAAUUAUAUCUCAGUUAUGUUCAUAUUCAUUAUUGUUUACAAAGCACUUAAGAUACGGCAUUGAGCAAUUUAUUAAGUUAAUUGAACAACCAGAAAUUGCCAAUAAUGAUAUAAUUGUUCAUCACAUUUCAUCAUUUGGUUCGAAGAAAUUUAAUUUAUCAGAGCUCAUUUUUAAUGAAAUCAGAUUGGCUACAAAUGCUAGUGGUCCCUCUUCUGAUUUGUGUUUUUAUUAUAAAAUGCUAUCUAAAAUCAUAGAAACAAGUAAUUUGAAGAUAAAAGAUGUUGACCCAUUCAUGAAGGCCAAUCUAAUCGUUAAUUCAUCUUCUAAAUCAGCACUUACAAAUAUAUCAGUUCAAAGUGAGACUGAAUUAGCAGAUAGUGACAAAAAUUUAACUAUUAAUACAAAAAUUACUAAAAACAAGAAAAAAGGAAAUCUUACGGCAAAGCAGUUGCAAAAAACUGGUGCAUUUAUGCAAAAACCUAAAUUUAACGAUACAAAAAAAAAACACGCUGGGAAAAGUGAAGAUUUCUUUGACAAACUAAUUGCCGAGAAUUUAGAUUGUCCUAAAACAAGUUGUGCAACAGUUUCAAAAUCUUCUCUUUUAUAG